AUGUUCAUAGGUGGAUUUGCAGCAGAGGAAGCAGUUGUGCAGACCCCAAAGCAGCUGGAUAUCAGGGCAUUUCCGUGCCAGAGGAACGUCAAGAGUGACAGGUUCCUCCAGUCCAGGGCUGACCAGAAUCAGCUCUGCUUGACAGCUUCCAGCGAAGGGGGUGAAGACACCUCAGCAACCAGACAAGGAGUCAUGAAGAGGCAGCUGGAAGCUCUGUUGGGAAUUCUGUGUGUUCAGGUUUGCUGGGUGAGAGGAAUAAAGGUGGAGCAGAGUCCUUCAGAUUUGAGCCUCCAGGAGGGAACCAGCUCUACUCUGAGGUGCAAUUAUUCUAGUACCGUGGAAAAUGUGCAGUGGUUCUGGCAGAAGCCUGGAGAAGGCCUCAUCAGACUAUUUUACAUGACUUCUGGCAUGAAGCAGAAUGGAAGGUUACAAUACACUAUGAAUUCUAAGGAACGCUAUAGUACCUUAACGAUCACAGCCUCUCAACUGGAAGACUCAGCCACCUAUCUCUGUGCAGUGGAAGCACAGUGUUCCCAGCUCUUUGACCUCAUCUAUCUGCAGCAGUUGCAGAACUUGAGCAGCUUCAUUAGAAACUAUCUUUUCUAUGUCUAA